AUGAAGACCGAUUUCAAGUUCUCCAACCUUUUGGGGACGGUCUACCGUAAGGGCAAUCUGCUCUUUACUCCCGAUGGUACCUGUCUACUUUCGCCAGUAGGCAAUCGGGUCACUGUCUUUGACCUCGUACACAACACCUCUUAUACCCUUCCAUUUUCGCACCGCACCAACAUCGAUCGCUUGGAUCUAUCCCCGAAGGGAAACUUGCUGUUGACCGUUGACGAAACUGGCCGAGCAAUUCUGACCAAUUUCCAACGCCGAAUCGCUAUCCACAACUUCUCCUUCAAGGGCCGCGUCACUGCGCUCAAAUUUUCCCCGUCCGGCCGGCAUUUCGCAGUCGGCGUCGGCAGACGCUUGCAAAUCUGGCAGACCCCAUCUACUCCUGGAACCGAAACCAAUGGCGAGAUUGAGUUUGCUCCGUUCGUUCUUCACCGUGAUCUGGCUGCACACUUCGACUCUAUCUCGAAUAUCGAGUGGUCAAGCGACUCCCGGUUCUUGUUGACCGCAUCCCGAGAUCUGACUGCGCGAGUAUGGAGUUUAAAUCCCGAGGAUGGGUUUGAGCCUACUACUCUGGCGGGCCACCGGCAGGGUGUGGUUACAGCGCACUUUGAUGUAAAGCAGGAAUUCAUCUACACCGUUUCCCAGGAUGGAGCUCUUUUCCGCUGGGAAUAUGUCGCCAAGAAAGACCCAGAGACCGAUGAAGAAAUUGGAGAGGCUCAGUGGAGGAUUACGAAAAAGGACUUCUUCAUGCAGAGCGAUGCGAGUGUUAAAUGCGCUGCAUUCCAUGCACCCUCCAACUUGCUAGUGGUUGGCUUCUCUAACGGUCUUUUCGGCCUGUAUGACUUGCCCGAGUUCAACAUGAUUCAUCAGUUGAGUGUCUCGCAAAGCAACAUUGACGUUGUUACAAUCAACAAGUCUGGAGAGUGGCUUGCCUUCGGUUCCUCCAAGCACGGCCAGUUGUUGGUGUGGGAGUGGCAGUCAGAAUCCUACAUCCUUAAACAGCAGGGUCAUCUUGACUCUAUGAAUUCUCUGGUUUAUUCACCAGAUGGACAAAAAAUUGUGACCACCGCCGACGAUGGCAAAAUCAAGGUAUGGGAUGUGAAGUCAGGCUUCUGCAUUGUGACUUUUACCGAACACACCAGCGGAGUGACUGCAUGCGAGUUCGCCAAGAAGGGUAGCGUUCUCUUCACCGCAUCCCUGGACGGAUCAAUUCGAGCAUGGGAUUUGAUUCGAUACCGUAACUUCCGCACUUUCACUGCGCCUUCGCGACUCUCGUUCUCUUCUUUGGCAGUAGACCCCACUGGAGAAGUGGUCUGUGCCGGAUCUCCUGACUCUUUUGAUAUCCAUGUCUGGUCUGUGCAAACAGGCCAAUUGCUUGAUCAGCUUUCCGGUCACGAGGGCCCUGUGUCGGCCCUCGGCUUUGCUGCGGAUGGUAACCAUUUGGUCAGCGGUAGCUGGGAUCACACUGUGCGAAUUUGGAGUAUUUUCGGCCGAACACAGACUAGCGAGCCUCUUCAGCUUAUGUCCGACGUUCUCAGUGUGGCUUUCCGCCCUGAUGGACAACAGGUAGCGGCCUCAACCCUGGACGGUCAGCUUUCAUUCUGGUCAGUGGAGGAUGCCGUUCAACAGGGUGGUGUUGACGGACGCCGUGACGUAUCUGGUGGCCGAAAAGCAUCCGAUCGCACAACUGCUGCUAAUGCGGCAGGGACCAAGUCUUUCAACCGUAUCACCUACAGUGCAGACGGUAGCUGCAUUUUGGCGGGUGGUAACAGCAAGUACAUUUGCUUGUACGACGUUGGUACGGGCUCUUUGAUCAAGAAAUACACAGUCUCAGUGAACCUGUCGAUGGAUGGUACGCAGGAGUUCUUGAACAGCCGAAACCUCACCGAGGCUGGCCCUCGCGACCUUAUUGAUGAAACAGGAGAGGCUUCUGAUAAGGAAGAUCGCAUUGACAAGACUCUCCCUGGUGCGAAGCGUGGCGAUGCCGGUGCUCGCACUACUCGGCCUGAAGUACGAGUGACCUCAGUUGAUUUCUCCCCAACUGGUCGUGCCUUCUGUGCUGCCUCUACUGAGGGUCUUCUCAUUUAUAGCCUGGAUGAUGACUUUGUCUUUGAUCCAUUUGAUCUUGACAUCUCCAUCACUCCUUCCACUAUUCUUGCCACUGUCGAGGCCGCCAAGAGUGCUUCCGCGGCUGGUACUGUUGAUGAUGAAAAUACCUUCAUUAAGGCGCUGGUCAUGGCAUUCCGCUUGAACGAAUCCAAGAUUAUCCGUGCCGUGUACGAGUCGAUCCCGCCUUCGGACAUUCCACAUGUUGUCCGCGCCGUGCCUACAGUGUACUUGCCCCGUCUGCUCCGCUUUGUCGCCCUCGCAGCCGACGAAACCCCGCAUCUGGAAUUCAAUUUGAUGUGGAUCGAGUCUCUGUUCAGUUGCCACGGUCGAUACUUCAAGGAAAACUCCGGGACAUUUGCCCCCGAACUUCGCGCUGUCCAGCGAGCUGUCGAUGACAUCCGUGAAAACCUCAAGCGGUUGACGGAAAAGAACCUCUACGACCUUAAUUAUCUUCUCUCUACGCCUGUUCUUGCCAACAAGAAGUCAUCAAGCGCAAUGUUGGCUAUGACUGCGGGUCAUGUCGAGGAAGAGGACGACCAAAUGGCCGACGCCGAUGCCGAUGCCGAAGACGGAGAGGGCGAUUGGGUUGGAUUGGAAUAA